ACUGUUAAUUUCUACUACAGCCAAAGCUUGUGCCAGCAGAGACCGAUCGAGUCGAGCGGAGCGAUGGAGAAGCUGACGCCGAGCAACGCGAAGAAGGCGAUGGAGGGCAGGGAGGAGAAGCCCAAGGUGCCGUCGACCGACCCAGACGACAGCCUCGCCGACCUCGCCGCCGGGCAGCGGCAGCCGCAGCUGCAGCGGGAGCGGGAGCACCAGGCGCCCAACAUCUCGGAGAUGAAGCCGAUGACGCGCGAGGCGUACGGCGGCGGGAUGUACGCGGCGGAGGAGGGCCGGAGGGAGCCCGGGAGGCCGCGCGCCAGCGCCACGCAGAGCGCCGACGGGCCGGAGGAGCCCGUGGCCAGGCCCAGGCACCCUCCGCCGCCGUCCACCGGCGACCGCGACCUCGACAUCACCGGCAUGUCCUACAUCCAGUAGGCAGUCGGUAGCUUUUCUUCCUCCUGCGUGUCCGUGUGUUUGGACGGUGUGGAGCGUGUAGAAGUUGUGCCUUGUACGUGCGUCUACUACAGCUGCCGUUCUUUGUGUUUUUCCUUUGUGCAUGGCUAACGAAUAAAAUGUGAGCGCAAAUUUUCUUGCCCUA